AUGGACGAAGUCAACGAUAAUAAGUACCAAUUUCAUUUUUUUGGAGGAGAAACUUGGGAGGACUCAAGAGAUAUUGAAAAUUACCUUUCUUCUUCUGAUUUUGGAUGUGUCCAAGAUGAUCAUUUUUUAUCUGAAGGAUUUCUUUUCUCCAAGAACCAACUUAUGGAACUGCCGGAAGAACAAAUUUCUGACUAUGAGUUACUUAAUGAUACUCGAGAAACUGUAGAUUCGCCAUCACUUGAGAUAUGUUUGGAGGAGAUUGCAAGGUUUAAUGAAAUCCCAGCUUUAGUUUCAAAUGUUGAAACCAAGGAGGAAGAGUGUCCAAAUUCUUUAGCUUCUUUUGAGAUCCUAAGGAACUAUAGCAGUGGAUUAAAGAAGAUGAAUGGAGAAAGAGUUAUGGAGGAACCAAGUUAUGAUGCACCAAGCAGUGAAGAGAAGAAAUUGUCAACUGAUGACAUCUUGAGGAUUGCUGGAACAAGAUUCAUUCAGUGUUUUAAUUCUCAGCAGACUGCUGAUCAUGUUCCUUCUAUGAUGUUCGGCCACCCUUUUGAGUUUUCUUUUUAUGGCCUUUCCAUUGAAGAGACUAGAGAUGUUGAACUUGUUGAGUUGCUCCUUUCUUGUGCUGAGAGAGUAGAAUGUCAGCAGUUCGAACGGGGAAGCAAACUACUCAACCAGUGUGAGCUGUUAUCUUCUGUUGAAGGAAAUCCAAUUCAAAGAGUGGUUUACUAUUUCUGUCAAGCUCUCAGAGAAAGGAUUGACAAAGAAACCGGACGACACAUCGUAUUGAGUUUGCAGACAGUUGACCAGUUUGAUCCAGAUAAGGCGAUGAUGACUCUAAACACCACACACCAUGCGAUGCACGAGGAGAUUCCAUUCUCUCAGCUGUGUAUUUUUUCAGGAAUUCAAGCCAUUAUUGAGAAUGUCAUGGAAGCAAAGAAGAUUCACAUAAUCGAUCUUGGAAUAAGGAGUGGUUCACAGUGGAUUGUUCUAAUGCAAGCUCUUGCUUCUUCCAGUCAUGAAUCUCCACUUGAGCUUCUCAAGAUCACUGCUAUUGGAACUACUUUUAAACAUGCCAUUGAGGAAACAGGUGAGAGGUUGUUGAGGUUUGCCAAGUCCAUUAACAUACCUUUGUCUUUCGAGAUAGUGAUGGUAUCAGAUAUGUCUCAUCUCAAAGAAGACCAUUUCGAGCUAGAUUCUGAUGAAAAAGUAGCUGUCUACUCUUCAUAUUUACUUAGGAGCUUUCUUUCAGAGCCAGAUCAACUGGAGUCUUUAAUGAAGGUAGUAAGGAACUUAAAUCCAUGUGUGAUGGUUGUUACUGAAGUUGAAGCAAACCACAACUCGCCAGCUUUUGUGAACCGUUUCAUUGAAGCUCUUUUCUUUUAUGGCGCCUAUUUUGAUUGCUUUGAGACUUUCAUGAAAAGAGAUGAUGAAAAUAGGAUGGUGUGUGAGUCAUUAUACUUUGGAACAGGAAUUAAAAACAUGGUGGCAUCUGAGGGAAAGCAAAGGAAGAUCAGACAUGUGACAAUUGAUGUUUGGAAAGCGUUUUUAACCCGGUAUGGAUUCAAAGAUGUAGAACUAAGCUCUUCAUCCUUAUACCAAGCCAAGCUCAUACUCAAAAAGUUUUCUUGUGAGCAUUCUUGCACACUUGAUGUGAAAGGAAAAUGCUUAAUUGUUGGAUGGAAGGGUACAUCAAUUCUAUCUCUUUCUGUUUGGAAACUCAACUAA